GAUUCUUCAUUUAAUUUUAUUUCUAAUACUGAAGAAAAUGCUCCUGGAUUUAUUUUAGCUAAUGAAGGUUAUGAUGUUUGGCUCGGUAAUAGCCGAGGUAAUCAUUUUUCAUUAGAACAUGAAUUUUUAGAUUGGAAAAAAGAUAAAUAGUUUUGGGAAUUUUCCUGGUAAGAUAUUAGUGAAAAAGACCUUCCGGCUGCUUUUGAAUAUAUUUGGGUAAAAACAGGAUAGAAAAUUAACUAUAUAGGCCAUUCUUAGGGGACUACUAUUAUGUUUGCGGCUCUAUCUGAAAAUAAUUAUGUUAUUUAAAAAUAUUUAUAGUCUUUUAUUGCUUUGGCGCCUGUUGGGUAUGUUUCAAAUGCUGAAAUGAGUAUUGAUUUUUUAAUUGAGAAAUUAAAUUUAGUAAAAAUUUUUAACUUUUUUAAUAUUAAUUAUAUACUAAUGCCGAAUUAUAAAGAAGAAAGUUUAAUAAUUUUUAUAUGUAAAUUUUUGUCUUUUAUUUGUAGAAUCUUAGAUAAAUAAAUUGCUAAUUUCGAACCAAAAACAGAUAAUGAAAUAAGGUUUCCGGUUAUUGCAGGACAUUAUCCUGAUGCAACUUCGGCUAGAAAUUUAGAACAUUGGUAACAAAUGUUUUUAAAUAAAAAAUUAAACAGAAUUAAAAAAUUUGAUUUUGGUAGUAUAGAGGAAAAUAUAAAAGUAUAUGGAUAAAAGAAUCCACCAGUUUAUUAAUUAGGUAAUAUUAAAUAAAAUGUGCAUUUAAUAACUGGAGUUUAUGAUGAAAUUGCAGAUCUCAAAGAUGCUUAACUUUUAAGAGACAGUUUAUAAAAUUGUACGUUUUAAAUUAUUGAAGGGGGGCAUGGAACAUUUAUGUGGUCGGAGAAUUCGAAUUAUUUUAAUUAGAUGGUUUUACCUAUAUUAAAAAUAUAAUAAUAAUAAUAAUAAUAAUAAUAAUAAUAAUAAUAAUAAUAAUAAAAAUGA